UCUUUCCCCACAGUCACAGAACAGGCACACCAUUUUAGUGAGAGAGGGGGAAAAAAGAGUUACCCGAGUGAUUUUACGGUUUCGUUUUGUUAUCUUCUUCGUUCCCUGGGUGCUGCGAUGCCUACAGUAGACAGCUUUACUCUCAGCUGCGACGCUCUGAAUGAGGAGAACACUUUUUCUGAGGGGGACGUUGUGACGGGACAAGUAACUCUGUCCUUAUCGAAGGAAACCAAAGUAAAGAAGCUGUUUGUGAAGGCUAAAGGAGACGCAGACGUCCGAUGGACGCGAAAGAGCGGCGAUCGGACGCACACGUACUAUGCGCACCGGAGAUACUUUAAACUGAAACAGCAUUUAAUCCCAGAGGACUCGGAGGAAACUGUUUUGCCUGAAGGGAUCCAUGUCUACAAAUUCAGCUUUAAGAUUCCAUCAGAAAACAUGCCAUCAUCUUUCAAAGGAAAUCAUGGAAGUAUUGUCUACAAACUAGAGGCCAAGCUGUCCAGGAGCUGGAGGAUGGAUUCCACUGCAGACAAAGAGCUAAAUUUUGUCUCCAAGUCCUUUUCAAACUUCAACACUCUUUUAUGUCAGCAAACCGAUUCUACAGAGCAGGAAACAGGGAUUUUCUCUAAGGGACAGGUGCACAUAGAUGCCACUGUUAACAAGACGGCUUUCACUCCAGGUGAAACUAUGCUGAUAGUUGCAAAAGUCAACAACGCCACUUCUCGAAACAUGACUCCCAAAUUUAACUUGUUACGGCGUAUUGAGUUUUUGGCCCAAGGAGACAGCAAAAAUGAGGAAUACAGCGUCCAAAAAGUGGUGGAUAAGGUAAUCAAACCCCACACCCAGCACGAGGUCAGGUGUGAGUUGCAGGUUCCCACUGAUGAGAUGCCUUCGAUCGAGAACUGUGACAUCAUCUCAGUGACCCACCAGUUAAAGGUCUACCUGGACAUCAGCUUUGCUUUUGAUCCAGAGAUCAUCUUCCCGGUGGUUAUUGCACAUCCAAUGUUUCGUGACAGAGUCAGUGGGAAUGUGGGUCCUUAUCCUGUUGAGGGUUUUGGUGGUCCAACUAACAGCGACUUCCCUCCCCCUGCUGUGGCUGGUGGUCUAUAUCCUUCACUACCAUCUUGCGGUCCUUAUGGCUACCCAGGCGCCCAAGGUCCUUCUGCGCCACCACCUGCGUACCCAGAGGUUCAUAACGGACCGCCUGGUGCUUAUCCUCCUCAGCCACCUCCCAUGUACUCAGUGCCACAAGCGCCUUUUCCAUAUGGACCUCCACCGUCUUUCUCCUCAUCCUCUUCACCGGCUGCCCCAGCAUUCAACGUGCCUCCUUCAGGCCCUCAGAUCCAGCCACCUUUUCCCUCCACGAUACCGUCAGCUCCUGGUUUCAACCCACCGCCUUCUGCUCCAGACAUGAGCGCAGACUUCCUGUCUCAGACGAAUGAUGAUCCUCCGGCAUACCAACUGCUUUUCCCACCUCCUAAUCUGGAAAAUGCUGAUACUAAGUAACCAAAUAUGAAAAUCAUUGCUAACAUAUGUAUAGUAAACCACAGAUUUAACCACUUAAAUGUAUUGCUUUAUGAGUAUGAAUUUAUAAUAAAGCCACUGUAUGCAGUAUUGGAAAUAUUAACCCUUAAGCAGCAUCUAAAACAGGUGUUUGCUGUGACAUGUUGCAGAUGUCUGUGGUCUUUUUAUCAGGUGCUAAUAUUAAAACCAUAAACCUACAUUCUCAGGAUACACUCUUGGAUUAAAAAGCCUUAUGUAACAUUUAAAGUGUCCUUCAUUCUUAGCAUGAAUUUUGCCUGUUAUACCUCUACCUCUCUAUUAGUCCUGUCUAAAGCAUUUUAAAAGCUUGUGUUUUGUGUGUUUGCUAUAUCAGAAUAAAGAUCCUGAAAGUGU